AUGCUGAGCCUUCUAGCCCUCGUCUGCGUCAUUAUCUUCGCUGUUGCCGGCCAGACCUCUACAACUUACAGUGACCACAGUCCACCCUAUUCUACAGAGACUUACAGUGACCACAACCCCACCUAUUCUACAGGUACUUACAGUGACCACAGCCCAUCCUAUUCUACAAGCACUUACAGUGACCACAGGCCACCCUAUUCUACAGGGACUUACAGUGACCACAACCCCACCUAUUCUACAGGCACUUACAGUGACCACAGCCCAUCCUAUUCUACAAGCACUUACAGUGACGACAGCCCUUCCUAUUCUACAGGCACUUACAGUGACCACAGCCCAUCCUAUUCUACAAGCACUUACAGUGACCACAACCCCACCUAUUCUACAGGUACUUACAGUGACCACAACCCAUCCUAUUCUACAAGCACUUACAGUGACGACAGCCCUUCCUAUUCUACAAGCACUUACAGUGACCACAGCCCAACCUAUUCUACAGGCACUUACAGUGACCACAGCCCAUCCUAUUCUACAAGCACUUACAGUGACCACAACCCCACCUAUUCUACAGAGACUUACAGUGACCACAACCCGACCUAUUCUACAAGCACUUACAGUGACCACAGGCCACCCUAUUCUACAGGGACUUACAGUGACCACAGCCCACCCUAUUCUACAGGCACUUACAGUGACCACAACUCAACUUAUUCUACAGGCACUAAUAGUGGCAACAACCCUCGCCUUGGAGGAGGAUCAGGAUUACGACCAUAUUCUAAUGCGUUGAACUUUGGGGGUGGAUCUGCUGUUGCCACCGUUGCUGACCGACGUGCUGUCGCAUCUGCUACAACCACUGCUGCUGGUAGAUUUGUUAGUUUAAGAGCCGGGUUGGGUGGCGGUAUGCGCGGUAGUAUGAACGGUGGUAUAGGCCGUCGCAUGGGCGGUGGCAUGGCUGGUGAUAUGGGUGGUCGCAUGGGAGGUCACAUGGAUGGUGGCAGGAGUGGUGGCAGGCGAGUUGGCCCAAAUAAUCGUAUGGGCGGUGAAAUGGGUGGUCACAUGGGAAGGGGCUUGCAAGGCGGCAGGAGUGGCAACAUGCAAGGCGGCAGGAGUGGCGGAAUGCGAGGUGGCAGGAAUGGUGGCAUGCGAGGCAGCAGGAGUGGUGGCAUACAAGGUGGCAGGAGUGGUGGCAUGCGAGGUGGCAGGAGUGGUGGCAUACAAGGUGGCAGGAGUGGUGGCAUGCGAGGUGGCAGGGGUGGUCCCAAUGACGGUGACAUUGGUGGUCACAUGGGUGGUCGCAUGGGCGGUGGCAUGGAUGGUCAGAUGGGAGGCCAUAUCGGUGGUGGUAUGCGCGAUGGCAUGGCCGAUGAUGUCGGUGGAACCGGUGGCAGUACCGGAGGUGGACGAGGCGGUAACAGAAGAACAAGGGUACUUUUAUGA